AUGGGAGACAGCAGCGGCGGCAACGGCGGCCCCAGCUUCCCGGGCCCCAGCAGCCGCGGUGGCCUCGAUGCGAGCGACAACCUUGGCCCCAGCACCAGCGGCGGCGGCCUGGGGUUCAGCCAGGCCCACGUCCAGGCCCUGGCCCGGGCCAUGGCCCAGGCGGGCCCCGCGCAGGUAGAGGAUAACGUCAUGGAGGAGGCGGGGUCGAAGGAGCCAGGGCCCACCGCCACCCCGCCCAUGCCCUCCACCUCCUCGGCGUCGUCCUCGUCCUCAGGGUCGUCCUCCCAGGCCCAGAAGAAGCCCGCCAAGCGCACCGAGGCCCAGGUCCAGCAGAAGGUGAACGAGCUGGUGCAGUUCCUGCUGGUGAAGGACCAGAAGAAAGUGCCCAUUCGCCGGAUGGACAUGGUGAAGACCAUCCUGCAAGACUACAAGGACAUGGCCUCGGAGAUCAUCGAGUGUGCGGGCCAGACCCUGGAGGAGGUCUUCCGCCUGCGGCUCCAGGAGAUAGACCCUAAGUACCACACCUACAUCCUCAUCAACAAGCUGGAGAGCUUGGACUACGACGGCAUGAAGGCCGACGAAGGCGUGGCCAAGAUGGGCCUCCUCAUGGUGAUCCUGAGCCUCAUCUUCUUGAAGGGCAACUCGGCCAAGGAGGCCCUGGUCUGGGAGGUGCUCAAGAAGCUCCGUGUGGAUCCGGAAAAGAGGUACAAGACCUUCGGCGAGAAGGACGAGUUUGUUUGCCAGAAAUAUUUGGAGUACGUUCGAGUCCCCCAUACCGAUCCUGCAGAGUAUGAAUUCCUCUGGGGACCCAGAGCCGCCCAUGAGACCAGCAAGAUGGAAGUCCUUCGCUUUGUGGCCAAGAUUCAGAAUCGAGAGCCUUCCAGCUGGGUGUCCCAGUACAACGAAGCUCUCCAAGAUGAAAUGGCAUCUGCCUCUACUUCAGCCGGCCAUUGA